AUGGGCGAAGAUAUCAUGACAACCACUGAACUAUUUCCAUCACAAAACUUGGACCAAAUUUUAGAUGAUGACACAAUAGCUCUACAGUUAUCAAGACCUGCCACAGAUGAUGACACUCCACAUUUGAUAGCUAAUCAAAAUGAGGAUGGAGCUAUUGGACAUAUAAUAAUUUUCCUAUUCGAUGAUAGAGGAAGAGUUUCCGAGGAAAGAUUAAGGAUGAAGGAUGUUUUGGUACUCCCAGAUCACAAAAAAGUGAUUGUGCCAUGGAAUGAGACCGAUCAGCCUAUUGAGGAUGCUUCUUCACUUCUGCAUGGUGUUUUAGGACAUCUAGCUUGUAAUGUCAAUCUUUUCCCCGUAUCUUAUGAACGAUGGCCUGAUGUACCUCCCAUUUAUAAGGAAGAAAUUUGGAAACUGAUUGAGAGCAAGUUUGCACUUUCAACUGAUCAACAAAGGGCAUAUUGUAUGGGAAAUAUGGGUAAAAAGUGGAAGGACAAUAGGUACAGGUUGUGUGCUGAGUUUUACAAUAAAAUUGCAAGUUUGGACCAAAACAUAGACAAUUAUCCUGAUGGCAUGACUAGAGAGCAGUGGGCUGGUUUCCUGGCCUAUAAGAAAAGUGACAAAGCAAAGAAAUAUAGUGAGAUUAAUACAAAAAAUAGAGCAAAGCAGACCAUAAUGCAUACACUUGGUUCCAAAUCAAUUGCAAAGACAAAACACGAAUUGGAAAAAAAAUAUGGAUGCAAAAUUAGUAGGGGGGAGAUGUUUGGCAUUGCACAUACAAAAAAAGAUGGUAACUUUGUUAGUGACGAAGCUAGAUUGAAGAAUGAUGAAUUACUGGAAGAUUUGGAGGAUGUAUCUGAUGAAGAUGAGGCAUAUGAAUUUACGUUUGGGAAGGAGCACCCGGGACGUGUAAGAGGAAUGGGGUUUGGCGUGGUUCCAUCUCAAAUACGUAAGCGAUCACGUGUUUCGGGAUCAUCUUCAAACAAUUCUGGUCCUACACAAGCUGAGUACAAUACCCUUAAAGAAGAACUUGACACCAUAAAGACACAGAUGGCAACAAUAUUGCAGCAUAUUGGUGCUCCAAUGCCCCCUAAUUUGAACUCAAAUCAGGUUGCAGAUUUGGGUUCCCCAGGACUUAAAAGAUCUUCACAUGCUAGCCAUACUCCACAUGUUGAAGUACCAGAUUUAUCACCUUGGGUUCCACCUCCACCACCUCAGCCUUGA